GCCAGACGGCUCUUCCAGGGCAGUGGGGGGAUCCCAGGCGUCUUCGUCCCCCCCCCCCCCCGCCUUAUGUGCUAGCGUGGACGAGGGGGUCAAAGGCUGGGGGAAAGGGGGCAAAAUGACUUCGGUCCCGGUAGUGGGCUCGAGCGAUGCCCAGACGGACGGCGGCUGGAACGGGAGCCGCGGGGCAGAGCCUUGGCCGGCCGACAACCGGUCCUUCCCGGCGGCGCCGGCCAACUUCUCCAACCAGUUCGUGCAGCCGUCGUGGCGCAUCGCGCUGUGGUCCCUGGCUUACAGCCUCAUGGUGGCCGUGGCCGUCUUCGGGAACCUGAUCGUGAUCUGGAUCAUCUUGGCCCACAAGCGCAUGAGGACGGUGACCAACUACUUCCUGGUCAACCUGGCUUUCUCCGACGCCUCCGUGGCCGCCUUCAACACGCUGGUCAACUUCACCUUCGCCCUGCACGGCGAGUGGUACUUCGGUGAAGCCUACUGCCGCUUCCAGAACUUCUUCCCCAUCACCGCCGUCUUCGCCAGCAUCUACUCCAUGACCGCCAUCGCCGUGGACAGAUAUAUGGCCAUUACUGAUCCUCUAAAGCCCAGACUUUCUGCCACUGUUACUAAAGUGGUGAUUGCAAGCAUAUGGAUUCUGGCAUUUCUGCUCGCCCUCCCUCAGUGCCUCUUUUCAAAGACUGAAGUGAUGCCCAGAAGGACACUGUGCUAUGUCUCUUGGCCAGGUGGCAUUAAACAGCGUUUCACAUACCAUGUCUCUGUGAUUGUCCUGGUGUACUGCUUCCCACUGCUUGUCAUGGGGAUCACUUAUACAAUUGUUGGAAUCAGCCUUUGGGGAGGUGAAAUCCCAGGAGAUACAUCAGACAAAUACCAGGAGCAGCUGAAAGCAAAGAGGAAGGUGGUAAAAAUGAUGAUUGUCGUCGUGCUGACAUUUGCAGUCUGCUGGCUCCCCUACCACAUUUACUUUAUAGUUACUGGCAUCUAUGAGCAGUUGAACCGGUGGAAAUACAUUCAGCAAAUCUAUCUAGCCACGUUUUGGCUGGCUAUGAGUUCUACCAUGUACAAUCCCAUUAUCUACUGCUGUCUCAACAAGAGGUUCCGAGCAGGUUUCAAGAGAGCUUUCCAAUGGUGUCCUUUCAUUAAAGUAUCUAGCUAUGAUGAACUGGAGCUGAAGUCAACCAGGUUCCAUCCAACCAGGCAAAGUAGCUUAUAUACUGUUUCCAGAAUGGACUCCAGCAUGACUGUCGUGUUCGACGCCAGUGUCAAAGAAAGCACCAAGUCCAGCCGGAGGAAAAAAAACCCUCCACAGGAAGCCAGUUUUAAUGGCUGUUCCCGGAUGAGUUCCAAAACCACUUCCUCAGUCUCAAGUUACAUCACCUCCCCGUGUACAUCUGUGGAUGAGUACUCCUGAACCCACGUGAAAUUAUUCAAUGGAUGGUGAAGAAUGCAGUGAAGAAAUGAGACAGUGCUGCUCUGCCUCAGAAUCAAACCCCCAGGCUUCUGAGGGGCGACGGCAUAGGUCCCAAAUGCUGACUGCAUGUAGAUAUACGUGUGUCAUCCUAAGCCUUUUUAUUUACUCAUUUGGGCCCAACUUUGGACUUUGUGUUCUGGGAGGAAAAAAAAUGAGCUACCUACCUGCAGGGUUCCCAGCUCUGGAUUGGGAAAUACCUCGAGAUUUCGGGGAUACAGCCUGAAGGGAUUUGAUGAGGGGAGGGACUCCGCAGGGCAUAAAGCCAAUCCACCACGCAAAACGGCCAUUUUCUCUCGGUGAACUGAUCUCUGUCACCUCAAGAUAAGUUGUAAUAGUGAAAUAUCUUUAGCCACCAUUUGGAGAUUGGCAACCCUGACUCCUGUUUACAUCUGCAUAAGGAAACAAGGCCAAGCUAUCAACAGGAACGUUUUGCAGGAAUCGUACAGUACAUAUCCAUAACAGAUAUCUGACCAUUGUCAUUGAUUCAGACGGCUGUCGGUUCUCAUCUGAGUUGUAGGACUGCAAAACUGGCCAGUUAGGAAGGCAUUAAAAUUGGUAGGUUUCUCCUAUUCAAUUAAAUUACUACAGAACAUUUUUUAAAAAAUGGCCUACAUUUAGAGAGAGAAAGGACCUGACGUCUGCUGAAUCAGACUACUGGUUCAUCUAGCCUAGCAUCAUCAAUGCUGACUAACAGCAACACUCUGGGAUCUCAGGCACAGGUUCCCCGAGCCUGCUACCCUUUGCUUGGCAAUCCCAGGGACUGGGACUGGGAAAUUUUCAUGCAAUACAUGUUCUCUCACACUGAACUACAACUCCUCCCUCCUUGGCUGACCUAUCCUGGGGCACAGCUGGAGUUAGACCAGCACUGAAUGCAGAAGCAGAUGGCCUGUCUUCUACAGAGUUCUCAGGUCAUGAAUCUGAGAUUUGCUUUGUGCCUUUAAAAUGACCGGCAAAUUGGGAAAUGUGGCGAUCUGGGCUUCUCUGGUACACUCUUCCUAGUCUUCAUAUGAGAUUCCCUUUCCCACCUGCUGUGCAGGACAUCUGAACUAUUUUUGGUGGGAAUAUGGAUGGAAGGAAGGAUCAGGAAGACACUGGCAGAAGAAGCCAUUGCUGUCACAUCUCUCUGUUAGUAGAGUUUCAAAGACAGACAGCAAAUCUCCUCUCUGAAAGCUACUAAAUUCUCCACUCGUAAGAUAAGUGAAGUUAUGACUGAAAACUGUUGGUGAGCUUGUCUGUAUAUCUUCAAUUCCCAUCAUCUGCUUCACUUGCCAAAAGUAGGCAACGUUUGCCUUUCAAAUAGCAGUAAUAUUUAGAAGAGAGAAAAGUCAGUGAGAAGGGAGCCACGAAGAUACAGGACAUUCUGAUCUCAAUGACUGGUAGCAGGGCCGUCUUAACAGCACUAUAGGCCCUUGGGCAAAGCAAUGCGUAAGAUACGUACAUGCACAUGUGGUUGCAGAGGUGAUACUAAAUCAGAGGCGAAUGUCAAUGUCCACUUGUUAUCAUAAAAAUUAAUGUUAAUAUUGUUCAUUAUCUUUAGUAAAACACUUGCUAAAUAUGCAUUUUUCAAUAACAAAUAUUUAUAGUGUAAUAUAGUGCAGUAUUUAUUGACAGCAAGUCACAACACACAUAGAUUAGCAUGGGACCCCUAAGCUUGUGGGAUCCCAAGCAACUACUCAGUGUGCCCAUGCAUUAAGAUGGCCCUGGCUGGUAGGCUAAGUGGGAAGCCAUACACGGUCCAAGGACUAUACAUAGCUGAUCACUGACCUUUACCAGCAUUUUCAGCUUUUUCUGGUGAUUUGAGUCACCAUUUGAAUGACUGUUUCAUCCAGCUUUAUUCAAGCAGUUGUGCACACCAGUAACACAUUGCAGGAAAACUUAGCAGUCCUCCCCAUACACUUGAUAUAGUCCAUGCAUCUUGUGUUUUUAAGCUGCACUAAGAUCACAUGGAAGGAUUUGUGCCAAAGGUGCCAAACCACACUACCUAAUUUGAGAAGAAAGGUAUAUAACACAAUUUUAAGACAAAUUCUGACUACUAAAGUGCCACACAGCAGUCAUACACAGUGACCAACAGGUAGUGUAAAGUGCCAUCAAGUCAUAGCUGGUUUAUGGCAGUCCUGUAGGGUUUUCAAGGCAAUAGAUUAAUGGAGGUUGUUUGCCAUUGCCUGUCUCUGUAUAGCAACCCUGAACUUCCUUGAUGGCCUCCCAGGCUGACCCUGCUUAGCUUCCAAGAUUUGACAAGAUCAGGCUUCCCAGGGCCAUCCGUCAGGGGAAAAGUUCAGCACAGCCGCCAGACACAGUGACCACCAGACUCUACAUCAAAAUCAGCUGUUAACAUUGUUGAUAAAUAUGAAUAUGUUUACAUUGUUGAGAACAGUUAUUCUACUUCAAACUAGUUUGUUUGUACAGGUUUAAAUAUUGUAAUAUUUUUAAAGUAUAUGUCUUUACACAUGUGCAAUAUUACAAGAUCAAAAGAUACAAAAUAGAAAAAGUGACAAAGAGGAGUUUGUUCUUGAAGCUUUUUUUAUUGCUACUGAUGUAUGCUGGAAACAUUUGCUUUACAGUAUUCUGAAACUUAAUAUUAGAAUGUUGCUGCCUUGUCAAGAGAUGCCCUUAGUCCCAGAUACCAUGUUAAUCACAAAUUUCAUAUAUAAGGCCCUUUAUUAUUCUAGUACAUGAUAUAUUUUAUUGGUCUGUAUGCUCUAUUGCUCACUUGCUGAAGGCACAAACAGACAUGAAGAUGACAAUAAAUCUCCAUCUAUCUUUGAAGGCAAAUUUUACAUCAGCACAGCCCAUGCAGGAAAAGGAGAAAAGAUUUACCCUUCAACUACAACUUGGUUUUGUACCCUAUGGAAAAAGGGAGGGAGGGGAAAGGAUAGGUUUUGAAGUACACAUCUGUAAGAGUACCUUUGUUUUAGUUAGUGAAACCAAACAACACUAAAAGAUGUUAUGUUCUGAAAGGUCAUAUGUGGCAGCAUCUGGAUUAAGGAACAGCCCUGCUAUGUAUGGUAAUACUAAGUAAUUACUGGUACAAUUGUUUGUUUAACAGCCAAACUUGAAGUCUCAAAGAUUCUGCUUUUUUUUUUCCUUCAUGGUCUUUGGAGAUAUAUAGGUGCAUCUAAUUAACUGAAAAUCACUUCUAUACAAAAUAAGCUAUGUGAUGCGCUCAAAGAAAAUCUAAUCCAUCUACAACUGGCCCAUUCAUUUUAGUUCCCAUCAGACUUUCUACAGGGAUAAAUAUUAAAGUAGUGGAUCAUCCUAUUCCAUAUUGUCAGAUGUGUUCCUACAGAAGCUUGAUGUUAGGAGCCAGCAGAGAAUCUCUGUUGCCAACCACAAUAAACAUUUUUCUUCUGCUCCAAGGAGAGCUAUUUCAUUUGAGACUCUAGUAGACAGACUGUGACCUGACACAUUAUUUUCUGGUUCUUUCUGAUUGUGUACAUUUUUCAGAGUAAGAAGAAUUAAAUUACAUUUCAAGGUCUAGACCACUGCAUUAAAAAUUGGCAAGCAACUAAAAUU